AGGACUUGAGUAAAGUUCGGAGGAUGACGUGCAGAGACGGCGACCCCCAGGCUCUCCCACGCGCGAUCCUGGCCGGCUGUGAAGACGCAGGUGUGGGGUAUGAAAGAUGCCGCCGAGCUGCUGGGCCACCGGGAGGCGGUGAAGUGCAGGCUGGGCGUGGGGGGCUCCGACCCAGGGGGCCACCCGGGAGACCUGGCGCCCAGCUCCGACCCGGUCGAGGGAGCCACCCUACUGCCCGGGGAGGACAUCGCCACAGUGGGUUCUGCCCCGGCCUCGCUGGCCGUGAGCGCCAAAGACCCGGACAAGCAGCCGGGGCCCCAGGGCGGCCCGAACCCCAACCAAGCCGGCCAGCAGCAGGGCCAACAGAAGCAGAAGCGACACCGGACGCGCUUCACCCCCGCGCAGCUCAACGAGCUGGAGAGGAGCUUUGCCAAAACGCACUACCCAGACAUCUUCAUGCGGGAGGAGCUGGCGCUGCGUAUCGGGCUGACCGAGUCCAGAGUGCAGGUCUGGUUCCAGAACCGGCGCGCCAAGUGGAAGAAGCGCAAGAAGACGACCAACGUGUUCCGCGCUCCCGGCACGCUGCUGCCCACGCCGGGCCUGCCGCAGUUCCCCUCGGCCGCCGCCGCCGCCGCGGCCGCCAUGGGCGACAGCCUGUGCUCCUUCCACGCCAACGACACGCGCUGGGCGGCGGCCGCCAUGCCCGGCGUGUCGCAGCUGCCGCUGCCGCCCGCGCUCGGCCGCCAGCAGGCCAUGGCGCAGUCGCUGUCCCAGUGCAGCCUGGCGGCGGGGCCGCCGCCCAACUCCAUGGGGCUGUCCAACAGCCUGGCGGGCUCCAACGGCGCGGGGCUGCAGUCCCACCUCUACCAGCCCGCCUUCCCCGGCAUGGUGCCCGCCUCCCUCCCCGGCCCCAGCAACGUCUCGGGCUCGCCCCAGCUCUGCAGCUCCCCGGACAGCAGCGACGUGUGGCGGGGCACGAGCAUCGCCUCCCUGCGCCGCAAGGCGCUCGAGCACACAGUCUCCAUGAGCUUCACCUAAUGCGCCUGCGCCCCCGCCCCGCGCCCCCGCCGCCCCCCGCCCCGCCCGGCCCGCACCCCCGGCCCCGCCGCCUGCGCCCCCGCCGCCGCUGCCCGGCCCGCGGCCCCCGCCGCACGCCCCCCGCCCGCGCACCCUCGUCCUUCGCAGGAAGUCGACUCAGGACCUGAAAUCCGACGCCAGCGGGGCCGCACCCAGGGCCAGAGUUCGCGAGGAGGCCGGGCGCCCGCUCCCCGCCGGCCCCAGCCCCGCUCCCUCGCGCCGCCCGGCCCGCAGCCGCCCCCGACCCCACUU